AAAGUUCUUAUUAAAACGCACAAACAAAAGCCAGGUCCUCGCCGUGCUUGGCAAUGUGUCUGGGGCAGCCGUGGUGAUUUGGACUGGGCCGAGGGCCCAGCUGAGCAGAGUUUGCUCCCAAGCACACGUGAAUGACCUCAGUGACGGACAUCCCCUCCUCGGGAGGAAAGAGCUGGAACCAGCCUCUGACCCGUCCCGGUGCCCUGACUGACUGGCCACAAGCACAGAGAGUGAAUCCUGCCCAGCCCUUGAGGGAUCAGUCUGCUCGGCCAAGGAGCCCCGGGGAGCCGUGGGUGGCACCAGUGUCCAGCCUGCCUCGAGGAGGCCCCGGCCAGACCAUGGCAGGAGCCUGCGACAGAGCCCCUGACUUCCUCUCCCCAUCUGGAAACCAGGUCCUGUGGCCUGCCCUGGGCAGUGUGGUCACUCUGAACUGCACAGCCUCAGUGGUCUCUGGGCCCCACUGCCCCUUGCCCUCAGUCCAGUGGCUGAGAGAUGGGCUGCUGCUGGGCAAUGGAAGCCACUAUGACCUCCAUGAGGACUCCUGGGUCAAGGUCAACUGGUCAGAGGUGCUUGUGUCCAGUGUCCUGGGGAUCAACCUGACCAGCACUGAAGACUUCAGGACCUUCACCUGCUCCGUCCAGAACAUCAGCUCCUCUUCCUUCACUCUUUGGAGAGCUGGCCUGGCUGGACACGUGGCCGCGGUGCUGGCCUCACUUCUGGUCCUGCUGGUCCUGCUGCUGGCAGCGCUGCUAUAUGCGAACUGUCGCCUCAAUGUACUGCUCUGGUACCAAGACACGUAUGGGGAGUUGGAGAUGAACGACGGGAAGCUCUACGACGCCUACGUCUCCUACAGCGACAGCCCCGAGGACCGGAAGUUCGUGAACUUCAUCCUGAAGCCGCAGCUGGAGCGGCGUCGGGGUUACAAGCUCUUUCUGGACGACCGCGACCUCCUGCCACGCGCGGAGCCGUCGGCCGACCUCCUGGUGAACCUGAGCCGCUGCCGGCGCCUCGUCGUGGUGUUGUCCGACGCCUUCCUCGGCCGGGCCUGGUGCAGUCACAGCUUCCGGGAGGGCCUGUGCCGGCUGCUGGAGCUCACGCGCAGACCCAUCUUCAUCACUUUCGAGGGCCAGCGGCGCGACCCCGCACACCCUGCGCUGCGCCUGCUGCGCCAGCAUCGCCACCUGGUGACCCUGCUGCUCUGGAGGCCCGGUUCCGUGACACCUUACUCCGAUUUUUGGAAAGAGCUACAGUUGGCGUUGCCACGGAAGGUGCAGUACAGAGCGAUGGAGGGAGACCCCCAGACCCGGCUGCAGGAUGACAAGGACCCCAUGCUGAUUGUGCGAGGCCGGGUCCCAGAGGGUCGGACCCUGGACCCGGAGCUGGACCCUGACCCUGAGGGGGACUUGGGUGUACGAGGGCCUGUCUUUGGGGAGCCAGCAGCUCCACCGCAUGCAAGUGGGGUCUCGCUUGGAGAGGGCCAAGGCAGUGAAGUGGAUGUGUCGGACCUUGGCUCCCGAAACUACAGUGCCCGCACGGACUUCUACUGCCUGGUGUCGGAGGAUGACGUGUAGCCCCUGCCCCCUGGAGCAGCAGAUUCACCAGGGACAGCUGGGGCAGGGCUGGGGUGGGUUUUUUUCCCACUCAGCAGGACCACGGGCCCUGCCUACCUGCAGCCUUGGGACCUCGGGGAAGGGGAGUGGGCCCAGCGACCCUCCUUGUGCCAGAAAUAAAGUCCUUU